CUAUGACAGCAAUGGAGUGUUGCGCGAAAUUAGAAAGUUUUCUUGAAGAGCAAGAAUUAACAUGCAUUUCAGAAACCACGAAAGAAAAGAUUGUCGAAAAGUUCUUAAACUUUAAUCAACUUAUUACUGAACUCAGAAAUGAAAACUCUGAGUUAAAAGUGAUUUUAGAAAGUGAGCAAUUUAAGUUUGAAAAAGAAAUAUCAGCCUCAAGACAACAGCUGCAACAAAGUACAGAAUCAUGUACGAAGCUAAAAUUGCAGAUAGUAGAUCUAGAGGAAAAUUUAAACUCUAUACAGAAGCAAUGGAGAGAUUUGCAGAAAAAUCACGAUUCUGCUAUGUUAGAAUUGCAAUCUGUAAAAAGAGAUAAUGAGAUAUUAAAUCAAGAAAAGAGAAAUCUGACUGAGCAGUUGGAAAAACGAAGAAAUGAAAUUGAGAAGUUGAAUGAUGAUCUCAAGAAUUUAUUGGAUCAAUUAACAGCAGCCAAUGAAGCUAAAUUUGAAGCUAUUGCAUCUGCUGAGGAAUCUAAAUUAAAGGAAUCAAAUUUGCAGCAUCAAGUUAAUCGCUUAGAGCAGGAAAAAGAAUUAUUAAACCGACAGAUUAGUGAUUUGCAUGCUGAGUUAACUCAAAAGAAUAGCGAAAUUCAUACUUUGAAAAGAGAAAAAUCUAAUAAUAGUUUGGAAUUAAAGACCCUGUUAGAGGAACGAGCUGAUGAAAUUCACAUGCUGCAAAAGAGGUUAGAUUGUUAUAAGGAAUUGGUUGAAGAGAGAGAUACAAGAAUAGAACAGUUAGCAGAAAAAAUUCGUCAGCUUAAUCAGUCUAAUGCUAAAUUAGAAGAACAGUUUAAUUUGGAAUUAAAUGCCCAAACAAAAUUGAUUGAUUUGCACAAGAAUGCAAGUGAAGAAAACCAAAAAAGAAUAGAAGAACUUAUGCGAGCAUUUGAAGAAGCUCAAAAACUUCUUAAGGAAUCAAAUGAUUCUUGUGAAGAAAUGGAAAAACAUUGCGUGGCCGUUGAAAAUAAGUGCAAAGUUCAGCUAGAAGAAAAACAAGCUGAACUAAUGAAAUUAAAGGAAGAAAUAAAAAGAGUUAAAGAUGCUGCUCAAGUUUUGAAUCAAGAUACAAUUGAAAAGAUAUUUCCAGUUGCAGCUGCAACCAGUAAAGUUCUCCAUUCUGGUAUUACUUUAACUGAAUUAUAUGUUGAAUAUACCAGGCUGCAAGAAGAGCUACAAUCACAAAAAAAUGAAAAUGCUAACUUGACUAGAGAAUUAAAACAGAUAAUUACAGAAAUUGAAGAAAAAACACCUAUUAUUAACCAACGAAUGCAAGAAUACAACAAACUAAAUGAGACAAUUUCCUGUCUCAAAAGCCAACUUGCUAAUGCUCUAGCAGAUUAUGAAAAAAUUCUUGAAGAAAGAAACGAUGCCAAGCGUAUUUGCAAUUUAACUGCUAGAGAAAAUGCAAGGUUAAAAUCUCAAGUCUCUGAUUUGAACAGACAAGUUCAAGUACUUCUGAAAGAAGUGGAAGAAGCAAGAGGUGGAACUAUUAAAAAUCACUGUGAUAAUUCUGCUAUGAGUGAAGAAGUAACAUCCAGUGAUGAUUUUACUGCUGCUAAAAUUAUUUCUAGACAUUUAGUUACAUUUCGUGACAUAGAAGAAAUCCAAAUGAAGAAUCAAAAGCUUCUAGCAGUUAUUAGAGAUUUAAGUGAGCAACAGGAAGAAAUGGAAAAAAAAUUAUCAACUGAAAUUACAUCAAAAUUUGAAAAAGAGAUUAUGAGUCUUUCGGCACAGUUGGAAGAUCUUCAGAGAAAACGAGCAAAGCAAUCUGAAAUGUUAGAAACUAUCAUUCGUCAAAGGGAUAUGUAUCGUGUUCUCCUGACAAGUCAAGGUUUUUCAGAAUCUCUUCUUGGACAGCCCGAUGGAUCUCCAUCUAUGUUACAAAGAUCUGCAUUUUCUCCCGACCCACAGUUGAAAGAAACAAAGAGCGCUAUGAACCAAUUGCAGGCAGAAUUUAGUACUUAUAAAAAGGAAAAAGCAGAAAAUGAAAAAAUGCUAAAUGAGCAAGUAGACAGAAUGCGAAAUGAAAUGUCUGAUUUGAAGAUUCAAAAUGCAAAAUUAGCUUCUCAGUGUGAAUAUUAUGAAGAGCGACUCAAAAUCUUACAGUCAAAUUUGGAGACCUAUAAAAAAGAAUAUACAUCUUUUAAAGACAAGAAUAAACAGCACACUGAUUUGAUUGUUCAACAUCAGCAGACUAUUAACAGUCUAAGACAGGAUUUGAUGAUAGCACAAGAGAAGAUUGCCAAAUCAGAUGUAACUAUAGAAAACUUGAAAGCUGAAAGAGAUUUACUAAAAGGUGUUGAAGCACGACUUUUGCAAGAAAAGGAAUCUAUUUUCCGUGAGCAGCAACACCAAUCGCGCAUGAUGGCUAACCUGCAAGCUGUUCAGAAUAACUUAGAAAGAAUUGAAGGAGAAACUAAAAGAAAUCUCCAGUAUCAAGUUGAAAAAUUAGAAAAAGAAAAUCUUAUUUUAAAAACUAAAUUGGAAAAUGCACAUGAAGAAUAUCGCUCUGCUGUAAAAGUUUGGGAGAAACAAAAGAAAGAACUACAAACAAAAAUUGAUGCUGAAAUUGACAGAAAUAGAAAAAUUCAUGAAGAUUUAGUGGAUGCAUAUUCACAAGUGCAUGCUUUGAAUCAAGAUUUGGUCAAUACAAAAACACAGCUUACUCCUGAGAAAUCAUCCACUGCAGAAUCACCUGUUAAAACACCCAAGUCUACAGUACCAACAGCUGAAGUUAAAAUUUUGAAAGAGAAACUGAAUGAAGCUGAUGCAAAACUGAAAGCUAUGGAUAAUAAAUUAGCAUUAACUGCACAAAGUGCAGAUCAAUAUUUGAAUAUGUGUAAGGAUCUAGAAUUGCGUGUUAAAGAACAAGAUGAAAUAAAUAAGCAACUUAAAGAAUCGAUGGAAAAUGCUUUGAAAUCCAACAGUGAAGCUCGGGUUGCUUUAGAAAAAAAUUUGGAGGAUAUGGAGAAAAAUAACAGAGAACUUAUUGAAGAAAAUAUGAAACUGACACAAAAUUCGAAUUUGCAGGCUAAUGACUUGCAAAAAAGGUUAGCUGAAGCCCUAAAAUCAAUAGAAGAUUAUAAAAAUCAGGCUGAAAUGUCUAAAAAGACUGCUGAUCAGGCUCGAGAAGACUGUCAGAAUCAGUUGAGAUUGAUGAAAGAUGUUCAAGAGAAAUAUGAACGAGAAUUAAUGUUGCAUGCUCAAGAUAUGCAAGCACUUACUCAAUUAAAAGAAGAACAUCAAAAAUGUUCCUUUAACAUUGAAAAACUUAAAGAUGCGGCAAAAGCUGCAGAACAGACUCUGACUGAUAGUAAAGAAUCUUGGGCUCGUCAAGAAGAAAUCUUCCGUUCUGAAAUAGAGGCUCUAAAAUCAAAGAUUAAAGAUUUGGAGACGUGUAACCACAACCUUUGUCAACAGCUGGAAAUAAUGGGAACUCAAAUGGCUGCUUUAAAUUCAAAGAAUUGGGAAGACACUCCUUAUUCAUCCAUUCAAUCAGAUUUGAAAGAUACUCAGCAUCUUUUACAAGUUAUCCAAUUUAUUAAGAAAGAAAAAGAAAUUGCUAGCACUCAAUUUGAUAUGGUGCAGUCUGAAAAUAUUAGAUUGCAUUUGAAGGUUGAACAACUCACUAAUGAGUUGAAUAGUGCAAAAUCUGAGUUAAAGGAUUUAAUGAAUGAUAUUCAGGCUAAAGCAGCAAGUGAAGCUCAACAUGCAGAUUUGUUGAAAAAAAUUGAAAUGAUGAAUUUAUUAAGUGAGAGCAACAAUUUAUUACGAAUGGAAAAAGAAUCUAUUUCAGAUGCUAAAGCCAAAUUGGAGAUAGAGCUUCAAGAAUUGACAGAAAAAUUCCAACCCCUCAGUGAGAAAGAAAAAGAAAUGACUCAACAAAUUGAUAUGCUUUCUGCAGAAAACAAUGCUCUGAGGCUUGAAGUAAAAAGUUGGCAAUCACGAACAAAUCAAUUACUGGAACAGUCUCAUCGAAUAGGCCCUCAAGAAUAUAAAAAUUUGAUUCGUGAUAUGGAAGAACUAAAGAAUCAAAAACAAAGGCUUGCUGAAGAAUUACAAAGAAAGCAGGCAGAAAUUUCUCAACUUAAUUCAAAUAUUUCCUCUUUAAGAAAGGAACUUGAAAAUGCCAGGAAUGAAACAAAACAGAAAACGGAGCAAGUUGCAAAACUCACUGAGGAUGGCGUUGAGCAUCAAAAAACACUUCUUCAGAUUAAAAAAAUUGGCAGAAAGUAUAAAACACAAUAUGAUGAAUUGAAAGUAAGUUAUGAUGCUCUGCUAGCUAAGUCUAAAGCUACAGAUUCAACUAAUCAUGACCAAAUGAUGCAAGAAAUGCAGAGAAAAGUUGAAGAAUCAGAUAAAAUUGUAAAAGAAUUAAAGGAAGAAAUAAACAAGCAGAAAGAAACUAAUAAUCAAGCAAAGAAAGCCAUGGAUACGGCUCAGUCAAAAGCAAAUGAAAAGGAAGAGAAAGCAAAGAAGAUCUUGGCACAUUUUCGUCAGAAAUACUCUCAAUUAAAUGUUCAAAAAGAUGCUUUAGUUGCAGAAAACGCAAAGUUGGCCAAGGAUGUUGAAGAAUUCAAAACUAAACUUUCGACUUACAUAGAAGCAGAAGAAGAAAAUGUUCAACUAAAAUCUCAGACUGAAGCUAGAAUCAUAAACCUUGAAAAUGAACUUAAGAAAACUGAAGAAAUAAGAAAAGAGAGGGAUUAUUUGCAAAAGCAAUAUGAUGAGCUCUUACAAAAGGUAUCACAGCAAAAACAGAGCAUGAAAUCUCCUAUUGUAGGUUUAGGUGAAAGAACUAGUGGUAGUGGAACAGAACCUCUCACUGCUAAUAUCAAACCUCUUACAUCUCCAUCUACUUCUGGUGUAAGUACUACUUUGAGGCAUUCUCCUCAUCCAACUUCUAAUGUGAAUCGACCAACUCCAACUGCAAGUAUUCGUCCCAUGGCAAUUGGCACUGCUACUCCUGCUGCUUCACAGACACGAAUGGCAACAGUGUUGCCAACAACAGCAACUCCAUCACAUCCGGAAGAAGCUGUGCCAUCAACUCCAGUUUCUGUUCCACAAGCAACUGUGCAACCAACACCUGCAACAGCCACGGUAGCUCCUACUACAAUGGCAAUUACAGUGUCUCCUGUAAUAUCAGAAGUUACUCCCACUUUAGGGCACGAUGAAGCUCAAACAUCGUCUAUUUCCACUCUACAUACUGUUACUACAGCUGUUUCAAUGCCAAUGACAGCUUUAGUUCCACCCAGAAUUGAUGUGCCAGAUCAAGUCUCUGAAACAUUACCUGUUGAUUCCCCAGCCCCAACAACAUCUGUGAUUGUAUCUCCUCCUGCAACACAAACACAAGUAGUUACACCAACAGUUAAGAGGCCUCGGGAUGAGAGCCCCGGGUCUUCAGAAAGUGGUGAUGCUUCACUUAAACGAAUAAGAAUGGUGUCUGAAGGAAGCCAAACCAAUCAACAGACUCCUACAUUAGUUGUGGUACCAACAAACAUUGCGGUUGUGCCAGCUGCUCCUGUUGUGAUGCAGGGGAAAUUGGAGAGCUCUCCAGUUAGAGAACCUGAGCCACAUUCUUCUAACAUUCAGACUGAAGCAGAAGAUCCUCCAAUUCUGGAGAUAGAAGGUAGCCAGGAAACUAUAAACUCGUCUGUAAAUGAAGAAUUGGUCGCUGCUGCUAUUGAAAGUACAGAAACAGAAAUUCUAGAUAAAGAUGAGCAAAUAAUUGAUUGGGAGCCACAAGAAGAAAAUAAAAUAGAUGAAGACUUUGAAGCUGAGGGUAUGGAAGAAGGAGCUAUUGAAGAAAGUGAACAGAUGCAAGGAAUAGAUGUUUCACCAGAUGAUGAAGAUAUGGUUGAAGAACAGCAAGAUGAUACAGAAGAAAUGCUGGACCAACCAACUCCUACACCUGAUAUUGAUAUUUUGGAUAAUCAAAUGGAUGCAGACAGCAGUAGUUUGCAAAAUGCCCCUGCUGAGCAAUGCAUGGCUCCCCCUGCAUUCCCACCAACUCUCGAGAUCUCAUCUAGUGUUGCUCCAAGUGUUGAGCCUAUAAUUACAUCUAGUGCUUCUUCCUCAGCACCUAGAGCUACAUUGGCUGUAGGUCCUCCUAGGUUAGAACGACAAGCACCAGUAAAUAGGCAGCACCUUACGCCUUUCACAAUACCUGGCCAGGGAUCAAAUUUUGAAGAAGGUGAUGAUGGAAUUGUUCCUUCAACUCCCACAUUAUAUGUUCCAAGACGAACAGAUGGUUUUGCUGAGGCUGUUAGUUCACCUCAUGUUCCUCAAGUUAGAUUCCUUUUCUCUAGUUCCGACAAUUCACCUACACAGCAGGGUAUAUCUCAAUUGGCAAGUCAAGGAGGUAAUGCUUUGGGAGUUGAUGAUACAAGAAUGGACUUAUCUCAGUUUGAUGAAGGAGGUAGAACAGUUCCAUCAACACCUAUACAAGUUUCUCCUCCAGCUGAAGCUACUGUUCCAGAUGUUAUGUCUGGAUUACCAACAGAAACUACUGUGACAAGUAGUCAAUUAGCUAUUCCAUCUAUUAAAGUCGAUUUGGCCGAAGAAUCAUUAGAUCCGACUACUAGCAUUGCUACAACAGAAACUUUUGCAACUGAAGCAGCUACUUCAGCUACUAAUGAAGGUUCUUUUGGAUCCAAAGACGUAAACAAAACAGAAAGUGAAGUAAAAUUAUCUGCUUCUGAAGGCGACACCCCGGCCGCAGAGACUUCAGAAUCAAAAGUUGUGAAAACUGAACCAAUUUCUGAUGAAGCUAAAACUACCCAAGAACCUGAACAAACCAAUAAAGACAAUACUUCAGCUGUCUCUUCACAACGGAAACCUAUAGUAUGGAAAGAAGAAACUGAGUCAUCCACUGCUGCUGAUCCUGAAUCAUCAAGUGCAGCUUCUGAACCUGAAACUCCAUCAGCAUCGGUGCUGCUUCCUACUCCAGGACGAAGUAGAACUCGUGUAAGAAGGGCCAGAUAUGCUAGUGCCAGUGCUGCUUAUGGUAGAGGAAGAGGAGCAGAAACUACAUGGUCAUCUAGCUUACAGCGUGGUAGACGAGCCACAAGAAGGCGUGGCAUGUAUUAAAAUGUUUUGCUGUCUACUUGGAAAAAUGCAUAAUAGAAUGGAUUGUAUGAAUAAUUGAAGUUAUUUCUUUAAAACACUUUUAUUCGAAAUGAUACGACAAAGAUGUACCAUUUAUUGUUGAUUAUAAGUUCAUGUAUUUCAUUUUUCUUUCAUAAUGCAUAAAUUCUUUUAGUCACAUUGAAGAUUUCCCCCCCCUUUGUCUUGAAUGUAGGAUUAAAAUGAGAUUCAUUCAAAUUAAAAAAGAUAUUUAUUCAAAGCUUGUCAUUUGCUUCUAAAUUGAAACAAUAACCAAAAUAUAUUGCUUGUGAUUUUCUAAAGUAGUGUGUUCAAUCUUGUAUUUUGUAACCUUAAAUAAGUAUAAUUUUAUAUUUGAUUUUCUUUUUGUUGAUAAAAUAGUGAGUUCUAUCCAAUAAUAAUAAAAAAGAAUUAAAAAGUCAAAGUAAAUAAAGUUAUAAACAUUAUGAAGUAACAUGUAUGUUUAAUUAGUAUAUUUAUAUCAUAAAAUUUAUUGAUAGGCUGAUUAAAAUUAUACAAACAUCUUUUUUUUAAAGUAAGGUUUGAAUUUAAAUUAUUUAUAAUUUUUAAAAUUAUUUUGCAUUGUGAAGAGUGAUUAAUCACAAAAUUGCGGUUACUAAAAAUAUGUAGUAAGUUCAUCUUUUGAAUCCUUAUUAUUUGGUAUGGAAUCUUUGCAAAUGCUAAUUUAGGAAAAAUAACAGAUGUAUGUAUGUAUGUAUGCAUGCAUGAAGUUGCUACUUUUGAGUAAUCAAGAUUUAAACUGUACAUUGAUACAAAUAUAAAGGAACUGUGAUAAGAUUGUAUGAAUCCAUUUUGAAUAAUUCCCAAACUAAUUUGUUUUGUUUAUCUUUAUUAAUUAUGAUGGUCUUUCUAUGUGCAGUACAAUACUUGUUUUGAUACACUAUUUCAUAAUAAAUACAUCAUCAA